CCGCUCGCCACCAUGAAGACGGAGAGCGGGUACAGCUCCUUCAGCCCUCAGCAACCUCCACGUCGGAGGGGGCUGAUAGAUAUCCUGCUCGAUGGUGCUCUCUCUGUAGUGCAGCUCCCAAUGACCCUCGCUUCAUCCCUCGUCUCGACCGGGCUCGAGACCCUCCGGCCGUUCUCCCCUCAGCUAAUUCCCCUCCUCAUCUGCACGCUCCUUAUACCCAUCGUUGUCUUCUUUUCGCUGGCUUCGGGUCUCUUGGUAUGGAAGAGCCUUGCCGUCGGCUGGGAGGUGCCUCUGUAUCUACAGUACGGUGAUGGUGUUCAGCCGUAUGCUCAAGCCCAAAUACCCUCCCUCGUCUCAUCGCAACCCUACGAUAUAUCUCUGCAACUUGUCGUGCCUGCAUCCCCAUCGAACCUUGCGCUAGGCAACUUCAUGACGGAGUUGGCUCUGACUACGCCAAGCAAUGGUACCGUGCUAUCGGUGCGGAGGCCGGCUAUAGCAACACCUCCUCGAUCGUUCUUUCUAUUCCCAACUUCACUCACGACCGAGAUCUCUGUGCCCUUGUUAGCUGCCUUCACGCCAGGCUUGACAGACCUCAUAGCGUCCGUCACUAUCGGUCGAAAGGAUAACUGGCGAUCCAUCGGUGCUGGGGAAGGACGUGAGCUCAGCGUGCUCUCUGCGACCCUGAAGGGCACUGUGGUGCACCAGGGAGUUCGUGGAUUGCUGACGCGCUUCCCCUUCGCUCUAUCCUGUGCAGCCGCAGGCGCGUUUUUCUUGACUUGUAUGGCCGUAGUUGCAGCAUGCUUGCUACCCGUCGCACUUUCGGGUCCGCUCGACAUCGCGCCACCGUCGCCACCAACGAAGCCUUCGCCACCUGCGAGGCCGCCUUCGCAAAAAGCGCUCCCGGACUCAGAGACAGACUCAAGCUCCGACGACGACUUCCCCUCUCCCAGACGGAGACUAAGUCGCCGGACUUCGAGAGAAGUCAAGCAUGAAGCUCCAAUAACCACUAUCAAGGACGAGCCAGAGUCCUCGUCCACACCAUUGCGCAGGCGCAGGUCGAAGAUUGCAGACUUGGGGUCGCAGUCAGAAGGGUCUUCCUAGAGUACGGUUGUCCAGCCUUGAGCAAUUGGAUCAAGCUUUACAUGCC